GACUUCCUAGCUUGGGCCAUUCGAAGAAACCAGUGCGGAAUCUUAUAUGAUGAGUUGGAUAGAGCACCCACCUUCUCACCGACAUAGACGAUUUGCGCUUCUACCGAGCGGUGUUUGUUUAACUCCCGAAGAGGAAGCACAGAUUGUCAGUCGCACCGGGAGAAAGCCCAUACCACCACCAGACGUGGUCAGACAGGCCUGGCUCUCUGGAAAAUAUAAUGAUGAGGAAGAGAACAAGGUCAAAAGCAGUAGCAAGAUGCGGGAACCUGAGAAUCACUUGUUACGAGGGACGGAUUGCCGGCAAAAUCAUGGAGAAGUCGAGGAAAACAUCGCAAACAGUCAACGCAACGACUUUGUGAUUCGUAGUCCAAGUCCAAGUCCAAGUAACGGAGAGAUAGCGGACACGAUCCCGGCGAAACUGAAAAUGUCACCAAUGAAAUUGUCCAGUAACGAAGCUGGUCGUCUUGGAGGGCAAUUCUCUCUCGUACAGAGAGCAAUCAGCUGUUAGCCCCGUCUGGUACGGUUCGCCCUCUUGGUUCGUUAUGAUUUCCGGCUGGGGUGGAGCGUGGAGUGGUGUUGCACAUCCAGAUACCCAGGACUCAACUCACUAAAAUGGUUCCGCUUUGAGGGUGCAACCAAGGGGUGAUAGCAAUGUUUACCCUCUGUAUUAGCGGUGGCUUAUAAUCUUUGGCUAGAAUCUAGUUUUCUUGCGUUUCCUAAUCCCUCAUCUUCAUCUUAUUCUUUUAUAAUUUCAUGAUAUUUUCAAUUCUUUGGUUUUUGAUUUCUUGAGAUACUAGUAUCGAUAUUCAUGUGCC